CCCGUCAGUGCGCGUACGCAACUCCACAACGCUUGGUCCACGCGGGAAACGGGAUUCGUACAACCGCGUUCGAAAAUUCAAAAUUGGAAAUAUAGUUCGAAAAUUGUUAUAGUUUUAAAAUAUUAUUUCUAUUAAAAAAAAAAACAAAUAAUAAUAAUUUGAAAGGCAAUUUUGUAGCUUAUAGUGAAACUUAAUUAGUGAUAUUAAAAAUGGUGAAUAAAAUGUACAAAGUUACGUCUGAAAAGGCAGAACAUCACGGAAGCAAACACAAUCAAGUUUUAAUGUCAAUAGUCAUAUGCAUGCCAAUCCUGGCCUACGGCACGGCCAUGGGCUGGAUAUCACCCAACAAAGCCUUGUUAAUGGGAGACACCUCGCCUUCUCCUAAGAAACUGUCAGAAGAAGACGUCUCAUGGAUGGCAUCCAUCAUGUUCAUAUUUGCACCCAUAGCUGUAUUCAUAUAUGGAGUUGCAGCUGACAAGUUUGGCAGGAAAAAUGCUUUACUAUGCGCCACUUUGCCUAUAUCGCUCGGUUGGAUAGUCAAGCUUGUUUGCACGCAUCCAAUAGCACUGAUCGCGGCACGUGCUCUCAUUGGCUUCGGGUCCGGAGGCGGCUUCGUGGUGUGCCCCCUCUAUGUCAAAGAAAUCAGCGAAGACAGCAUCAGAGGCAUGACCGGCACUUUUGUCAUAUUCUCUCAGACCGCUGGUAAUCUAGUGGUGUUCAUAUUGGGAGAUCUGCUGCCUUUCCAAACUGUACUAUGGAUCCUGCUUGCGAUCCCGCUGGUACACUUCUGCAUACUACUGAGACUGCCCGAGACGCCCUCCUAUCUCAUCAAGUGUGGAAAAAAUGAGGAAACAGCCAAAGUGCUGGGCUGGUUGCGGUCGUUGCCUCACACGGAUAAGGCUAUCAGUGAAGAGGUGGACCGGCUGAUCAUCGAACAGACCACCUGCGAGCCAAAGUUCUCACCUAGGUUGCUUUUUGGAGACAAAACUGCACUCAAAGCCUUCUGGGUGGCUCUAAUAGUGAAUUUAACGCGCGAGUUCUGCGGAUGUAUUGCAGUUCUCGUCUACGCCAGCCACAUCUUUGCGGAAGCUGGAAAGGAUCCACACACCAGCAUCGCACUUACGCCAAACAAACAGUCGAUUUUACUCGCUGCUGUUCAGAUAUUUGGGUCGUUUUUAGCAUGUCAACUUGUAGAUCGGACGGGAAGAAAGCCUCUUCUAGCCGUGACGAGUGUGGUGGCCGGCUUCAGCAUGUGCCUUCUAGGAGUAUGGUUCUACCUGCAGAGCAUCGGCGUGUUCAUGCCAGGCUGGGUGCCCAUUAUGGCACUUUGUGUUUGCAUCUUCGCUGAUGCGUCGGGAUUGCAGCCGCUGCCUUUCGUUAUCAUGACAGAAAUGUUUAGCUUCCAGCUACGAGGUACAGUGGCGACACUCAUCAUGGCCAUUUCUCUCGGAACCGACUUCGCACUCCUGAAACUCUUCGCUCCACUGAACACCUGGAUCGGUUACUAUUCCACGUUCUGGAUAUUCAGCUUUAUAUGCUUAGCCAAUGUCUUCUACCUCAUCUUCUGCGUCCCUGAGACGAAAAUGCGGAAUCUAGAAGACAUCUAUGCCGAUUUGGAAGGAAAGAAACGGCGGAAAAAAGAGGAAUCGAUUGUUGAAACUCAUCAUGUGUAAAGUUCCUAUGAUUUUAGUUAGUAAUUAAGAUAUUUUUGUUUCAAUAUGGAAGAUUUUUUUGAGAAUGACUAAGUAGCUACGUACGUACGUAGGUACGUAUAUCUGCUAUGUUAGUUUUGAUGAAAAGAUAAAAAUUUGCCGAUCUAGCACAAAAGUUUUAAAGCUACACAAUUUAUGUGCUAACCCCCCAGGUCAAGUGACAACAUUGGAUUAUUUUAUAUCAAUACGCAUCAAGUUCGUUAAUGAGAAGAUAUCAUUCGCUAAUCGCUACGUACCCAUCUAAACAUAGAAUCUCUGUUAACUUAUAAAUAGUAAAUUAUUGUAUUAAAGCGCUAAGUAUCUACUACUACUUUCCCCAAAAAGCCCAAAAUAAAUACCUGCAUAAUCCACAAAUUGAUUGUUUUAAGUAAUGUAAAAAGUACCAUAGUUAGAUUUUACAUGUAAAUAGUAAUUUUAGGACUGUAACAUAUUUUACAAUGUGAUAUUUGUGAUAAAUUAAUAAUAAAUUAAGUUACUUCAAUAAAAAAAAUUACUUUCAUUGCUACCAAGCGUGUUGAAAAAUAGGAAGUUACUAAGGGUAAAUAGGCACCUAGUUAGGCAAAGAAACUUCAACUUUAGAAGGUUUUACUUAUUUUAAUAAAUAACCAAUUUUGUUUACAAAAGCAUUUUUUUCCAUUUUCAAACUUUAUUUUUUUUAAAUAUCUUUAAAAACUAAAUCAUUGAUAACAUCAUUAACAGUUCUGAAGACAGUGAAUUUCCCUUUCAAUCACAAAAGCUGUCAUGGUUCUUAAAUAAGGACUAGUCAAAACAACAUUUGAUACAUCUUUAUUGUUAUACAAAUAUCAUUAUUCAUUCUAGUAAUAUGUAUCUUCAUAUAAAUAUUUUGGAAGUUUUAAAAUAGUUACCUCAAUUAAUAGCCGUAGUAGAAUUUGAGAUAUUAAAAUCUGUAACAAGACAGUGCUGCAUUAAUUUGAUAGACCUAAGCCGCGGACUCAAGUAAGUUACUAAUGUAAGCACUCUUAUAACUAUAAGUAUAGUUCGCGACAGGUCGACAUGGCAAUAAAUAUAUUAACGACUGAAUACUCAAACGUCUUUACAGUGCAACAAGGAUCUUUUGGUGCGUGGCCAAAAUCGCCGCCAUCUUGUGAAGUGUCACGCUGUCCGCUUUGCUUGUGGUGUUGCUAAGUAAAAAUCUGAAUUUCAUUGUUCUGCAUCUUAUAGCUAUAUUUAGCACUAGGUAAGUGCUAGGUAGUAGGUUUUUGAGUAGGUAAACAUUAUAGAUUGCAAGUCCAUGAUUGUUAUUAUUUGUUCCUACGUACGUUCCAACAGGGGCGGCUUUUCCAAUUUCUUAUACAGUUAAAAUAAGAUUAAACUUCUCGAUUUUCAACAUUGACAUUUUAAACAUAUUCCCCAAAAUUGAUGAGAUUUCCGGCAGCCUUUGUUCUACAACUACACCCCUUUGUCAAUGUCAUUCAAAUGCCAAAAGAUCCUUGUCGCACUGAAUGUUAUGGCAUUUUAUUCAUACAACAAAAUAUUAAAAAGCAUUCAGUUUUGAUCGCUCUUAAGUAUUAAGAUACUUUUAGGUAUUCAGCUGUAAGAGAUUAUCUAAAAUUGAGUCGCGCCUUCGAUUAAUCAACCAAAUACCAUAGGUAUUAUAUUUUAUAAUCUUAACCUUUACCACAUGACAACGUGUACGUAUAUUUCAUAAUGUGAUAUUUUGUUAAAAUAUUGAUAAAUAAUUCUAAAGCUAGAUAGACUAAGGACCACUCUUGCGCUUUUUGUUUUCGAUUUUUAUUUGUAUUUAAAGACCCCUGGCGAGUUCUUAGUCACGAAAACAGGAAAUUAACAGUACAAGCGCAAAAUUAAUCCCAACAUCUAAAUUGACAUUGCGAAAACUCUAUUAGCGUGAAUACAAUUUAAUUUUUCCAUCUGAAAUACUACAAAUGGCUUAUUUUUAUUAUUAAAUACACGUGGAUUGAGCAAAAAUAUUACUAGUAUAGUCAAUAAUAAUAUUUAUCUCUUUUUAUUACACUGAAAACGGAAAAGACGGAGAUAGAGUAUUUUAUACGCAUUUCAUUGAAUAAAAAAAUAUAAUGGCGUGGUCCAAGAUUUUCCUUAUGGUAUGACUUAGUGCUUAAUUUUUUUUAAAUAUAUACAUUUUAUACAAAUAAAACAUUUUCAAACUUUAUCUCAAAUCUUAUUAAUUUUAAACUCAAGUUUAUGAUAAUUAUCUGUAAGUAUAAUAUGUAUAUAUGUUUGUGAAAUCAUAUUAAAUGACGACACGUACCCAUGCUAUUUUGAUCUGAUAAACACAUUGGUGAAGUACCAUAACGAAUGAAACAAUUUAAAUUUCCAUUCAAAAGUUUAUAUUCAUUUUUAUUAUCAAAGCUUACAUGACCCUUUAACGCCCACUCUAGGCUGGCGCGGCGCGCGAUGCGAUAAAAUAUUGAAGUGACAACAGAACAGCGCAAAAAAUCAAUAUUUAACUAAUCCAAAUUUUGAUUAUCUCAUUAGAUUCAUUCUUUAAAAUGUCUAUGGUCUAUUUGAUAAAAAUAUUUCCAAUAACAAUUUAAACAAACAUCAAUAUAAUAUCAUCGCUUUGUAGUCAUUGGACUCUAAUCAAUGAUUUGCAAACUGUGAUUAUUAAAUCAUAUAAGUAAUUAAUUGGUUUUUAUAACAUAUUGUUAUAUUAUUUUUCAAUGAAUAUAAUAAAAGUUAUAACAAUGAAAAAUUAAAAUGAUUAAAUUAUAAAAUUAACUAUUUAUUAAUUACUACAUGUACACCGAGUUCCACGUUUUUUAUAAUUCUAGAUCUGGGUGAUUUAAGUUAUUUACGUUUUUCUAGAAUAUAAGUUCUAUCUAUGGAUCUCAAAUACAAACUGGAUUCACAAUCACAAACAAAACAGUCAUAAAGGUAUCCAUUCAAUAAAUUGCUGCAA